AUGCCUGUCAACUUCCUCAGACUGAACGAGCGGACACGACGACCAAGCGACAGGGUCAACUUCAUCGAGUCCUGUGGCGCGGAUAGCGAGCCUGAGGAGGUCAUCCGCCGUCUCGAAGCGCUCGUCUCACUCUUUCACCCGAUCCUCGAACAACACGAUCUCCGCAUCGGGCGCUUGACCGACGCGCAGCACAACACGGGGUGGGCGGGAAGGAACUGGGCGGCGGGCGAGCACGUCGAGCUUGUGUUGAGGACUCGAAGUGGUGUUUGGCUCGACGAGGGUCGACUCGUGCGGCUUAUGUGCCACGAGCUCGCGCACAACGCCGACAUGGGACACGGCAAGGUCUUUCAAGAGACGGAGCAGGCUCUCAUCGACGAGCUUGCGGUGCUCAUUGAAGGAGGGUGGACGGGGGCGGGUUGGUGGGGUCGAGGCGAGCGUCUUGGCGACGAAGACUCGCUCUCCACCUCGACACCGUCCGCCCUUCUCGGCGCACUCGCUACUGCCGCCUCUCCAUGCGGCACACUUCCUCCCGCCCAAGCCGUCAUUCCACCCUCCGCUGCUCCACCUUCGUCCUCUUCAACAUCCCCCUCCUCGACAUCUCGCCAGCCUUCCUCUUCCGCUCCCUCUUCCUCUCACCAUGCUCGCCGUUCCCGGCCUGCUACAACUCUCAAUGGCCGCUUCAGCUCCUCGUCCAACAUCCGCACACUUCACACACCCAAGGCGGCAUCAACCCGCAAGUCUUCCAGCUUGAGCUCCACCCUCAAACGGCGCUCGCUGAAGACGAGCUUUGCUACCGAGGGAGCGCGGCUCGGAGGUGAGGGAAAGAGUAUUGGGUGCCAGACUCAGUCAAAGACGCAGCGGGAUAGACGGUUGGCGGCGAUAGAAGGGCGUCUCGCGCAGAAAGUCUCGAAAGGGACGGAAGUUCUGCUGCUGUCGGACUCGGAUUCAGAUUAG